AUGGCAUCGAUCGCCGCUUCCCCAGUGUACCCUGAAAGUCUUAAGAAGCGCUCACGUCAUGUUGAGUCGUUUGAUCUCUCGAGAAAACGCCAACGUCGAGGGGUAAACGACGGUAAUAGUCAAGAUGAAGACGCUGAUGUAGCCAAGUACAGUCAACGUCACGUUGAAUACUUUGAGCAGAUGAAACUUGCUGAAAUGAAUCGAAUAAAAACAGAGUACGACCAAUUUCUCAUGAAAAAAGACGUGGAAAUUCAGCGACUUGGACAGGAGUUACACUAUACUCAAGAGCGUAUUGCUUUACAAGACAAUGACAUGGCAAGACUUCAGAGUGAAAAUCGUUUACUUAAGCGUGCUGUAGCUAUUCAGAAUCAGCAAAAAGAGGAAGUACAGAAUGAAAAUCAGGCUUUGAAACAAUUGGCAACACAAGCCGCCGAGCAUAUAAAGCGUCUUGAACAGGCCAAUUACACGCUUCGAGUUCAUUUACAAACAAGUACUAGUACUACUAUUGGUCAUCACCAACAACCGCCUGAUGUGUACUAG